AUGGACCAGACCAUGAUGGUCGAACCCAAAAGCCCCGAGGCCAUUGCGGUCGCUUUCGCAAGUGGCUGCAUCCUACACAUUCUCUGCUACCGUAGGGGAGAAUGGGACUUGCUUGCCCUUCGUAUCCUUCAGGCCUAUGCUGCAUUGCCGAUUAUUGUGAGCGGGUUGUUGCACUUGGCUGAAAUCAAGGGAUGGCAGAAUAACAUCAGAUUUUCAGCUGCAUCUGUUCUAGUGCUCGAAGGUGCCCAUAUUGCGGGGCUUUUGAGCAGUAUCCUCUGUUAUCGCAUGAUAUUUCACCCCUUGAACCGAUUCCCUGGACCCCUCCGUGCUCGAGUAUCAAACUUGUAUCCGACCUAUCUCACUACCAAGAACGCGCACCUCUAUGAAGAGGUAGAGCAGCUCCAUCAUAAAUACGGUGAUUUUGUUAGACUAGGACCAUCACAGCUUUCUAUUAUUCAUCCCAAGGCGAUUGAAGCGAUCUACUCUGCCAAAUCACCAUGCACCAAAGGCCCAUUCUACAAUAUUCUCCAUCCUCGCGUCUCGUUGCAUAUGAUUCGCGAUCACAAAGAGCACAGCCACAGGCGGAAGAUUUGGGACAGAGCGCUGAGCUCCAAAUCUUUACGGGACUACGAACCUCGCGUCACGAAGUACACUACACAGUUACUCGAUCGCCUUUAUGAGAUGCAAGGUACGACGAUUAACGCCUCGAACUGGUUGAACUUUUACAGCUUCGACGUUAUGGGCGAUCUUGCAUUUGGCAAGUCCUUUAAUAUGUUACGUGACGGUGUGAAUCAUUAUUUCCUGACUUCACUGCACGACUCAAUGAAGAUGGUUGGGGCUCUCGCUCAUAUAUCAUGGAUUAUCCCCAUCCUGAAGCUCAUCCCUGCAGUCAGUGCUGAGGACCGAAAGUUCUGGGUUUGGAUUGAGAGUCAAGUUGAGGAACGAUCAAAGAUGAAGCCUGAUAACCCCGAUGUCUUCGCUUGGAUCCUCGAAGAGUACGAGCGCAAUCCAAAAACACACCAAGCAAAGCUUAAUGUUGAGGCCGAGGCUUAUUUAAUCGCAGUUGCUGGAAGCGACACAACCUCUGCGACUUUGACUGGUCUUCUCUUCGAGCUGGCAAUGAAUCCCUCUCAGAUUACUAAGCUGAGAGAAGAGAUUGACAGGUACUUCAGUCAGAGAGAACACGUAGAUCAUACAUCACUCUCCAACCUCACUCACUUAAAUGCUGUCAUCGAUGAGUCCCUUCGUUUGCAUCCACCUGUCCCUUCAGGUUUGCAGAGAGUUACUCCUCCCCAAGGACUGAUGGUAGGCGACACUAUGAUACCAGGUAAUACAAUUGUUCAGGUUCCCAUGCAUACAAUUCAACGAGAUGAACGCUAUUUUGUGAGACCACUGGAGUACAUCCCAGAGCGUUGGACGACAUCUCCUGAGUUAGUCAAAGAUAAGACGGUCUAUGCACCUUUCUCAAUUGGGCGAUAUUCUUGUGUUGGGAAGCAGCUUGGUUUGAUGGAGGUAAGAUAUGUUAUAGCACAUAUUAUACGGGCAUUCGAUGUGAGUCUCGGUGAUGGACAGACUCAAGAGGGUUUCCUAAAGUCCAAGAUGGAUACAUUUACAUUGGCUACCCCAAACCUUCACCUUGUCUUUACCUCUCGUCCCACCAAGUAG